UUCACUAUGGCAGACGCACCUAGCGGAGCUCCCGAACAUUGUCCUGGAACCCAGAGUGAGAGUGCUGGCAAAGCAUCAGCUUGUGCAGGAUGCCCGAAUCAGUCGCUAUGUUCUUCUGGAGCCACCAAGCAACCAGAUCCUGGUAUUGCGCUUGUGAAAGAAAGACUUAUUUCAGUGCGGAAUAAGCUGCUAGUGCUUUCAGGCAAAGGAGGAGUAGGCAAAAGUACUGUGACAUCAUUACUAUCGAGGUGUCUUGCAGCAAAUAAUCCUGACAGAAAUGUGGGAGUACUGGACAUUGACAUUUGUGGACCAUCGCAGCCAAGGGUACUGGGAGCACUUGGUGAAAUAGUUCAUCAAAGUGGAUCAGGAUGGUCACCUGUAUAUAUCGAGGAUAAUUUAUCAUUAAUGUCGAUUGGUUUUACGCUUACUCCAAGUGAUGCAGUUAUUUGGAGGGGACCAAAGAAGAAUGGUAUGAUCAGACAGUUUCUGUCAGAAGUUGAUUGGGGUAGCUUAGAUUAUCUCAUUCUGGAUACACCGCCUGGCACAUCAGACGAACAUUUGUCAGCUACGUUGUAUCUAAAAGAUGCCGGCAUAACGGGUGCCAUAAUUGUCACGACACCACCACAAGUUGCUCUCUUGGAUGUCAGGAAAGAAAUAGACUUUUGCAGAAAAGUGAAUAUUCCAAUCUUGGGUGUGGUUGAGAACAUGAGUAUCUUCAUAUGUCCUAAAUGCAAAAAUACUGCAGAAAUAUUCCCAGCUUUGUCAGGUGGAGCACGGACGAUGUCGAACGAAUUAAAUGUAGAGUUCUUAGGCUCGAUACCUUUAGAUCCGUUGCUAGCUAGAUGUUGCGACGAGGGUAAAAAUUUUCUGACGGAAAUGCCAAAUUCGCCAAUCGUUAGUGCUUUAAACGAAAUUUGCAAGAGUAUUAUUCGAAAGUGUGAAGAAGAAAAAGAAAAUUAUCCCGAUAAUUCCCAGUAAUAACGCAAAAUCUUUUGUAUUAAAAUUUAUUUGUAUAUUCGCUU